GUUUUUAGACGCUCCCUAAGGUUUCUCCCAUAUACGGGGACGUUGUUGAGAGACCGUCUAUAAAUUGCGCUGCGGCAGAAGGAGCGCGCACUCACACCCUGUCAAACGCCGAGACUGACACCGACCCGGUUCGCCCUCAGGAUGUCCAUCAGUAAGAUUCACGCUCGUGAAAUCCUCGACUCUAGAGGAAAUCCCACUGUUGAAGUAGAUCUUUACACAAGUAAAGGUCGUUUCCGGGCGGCUGUUCCCAGCGGCGCUUCCACUGGAGUUCAUGAGGCUCUGGAGCUCCGAGAUGGAGACAAAACCCGUUACCUGGGCAAAGGUACCCAGAAGGCCGUGGACCAUGUGAACAAGGAGAUCGCUCCCAAACUGAUUGAGAAGAAGUUCAGUGUCGUUGACCAGGAGAAAAUUGACAAGUUCAUGCUGGAACUUGAUGGAACCGAGAACAAAUCUAAGUUUGGUGCUAACGCUAUCCUGGGUGUGAGUCUGGCCGUGUGUAAGGCCGGCGCCGCUGAGAAGGGAGUCCCGCUGUACCGCCACAUCGCCGACCUCGCCGGAAACAAAGACGUGAUCCUCCCCGUACCCGCGUUUAACGUCAUCAACGGAGGCUCUCACGCCGGCAACAAACUGGCCAUGCAGGAGUUCAUGAUCCUCCCCGUGGGCGCCAAGAACUUCCACGAGGCCAUGAGGAUCGGUGCCGAGGUUUACCACAACCUGAAGAACGUCAUCAAAGCCAAAUACGGCAAAGACGCCACCAAUGUAGGAGACGAGGGCGGUUUCGCACCCAACAUCCUCGAGAACAACGAGGCUCUUGAGCUGUUGAAGUCCGCCAUCGAGAAGGCCGGCUAUCCUGAUAAGAUCAUCAUCGGCAUGGAUGUUGCAGCAUCAGAGUUCUUCAAGAGCGGAAAAUAUGAUCUGGACUUCAAGUCACCUGAUGACCCCAAGCGCCACAUCACUGGAGAGCAGCUGGGAGAUCUAUACAAGAGCUUCAUUAAGAACUACCCAGUCCAGUCCAUUGAGGAUCCAUUUGACCAGGAUGACUGGGAGAACUGGAGCAAGUUUACGGGAUCUGUUGAUAUCCAGGUGGUGGGAGAUGAUCUGACUGUGACAAACCCCAAACGCAUCCAGCAGGCGUGUGAGAAGAAGGCCUGCAACUGCCUCCUGCUUAAAGUCAACCAGAUCGGCUCUGUCACCGAGUCCAUCCAGGCGUGAGUAUAUAGCGCAGCCUCCUCGCAGAGCUGCACCGCAGGGCCCAUUACGGCCUCCUCGCAGAGCUGCACCGCAGGGCCCAUUACGGCCUCCUCGCAGAGCUGCACCGCAGGGCCCAUUACGGCCUCCUCGCAGAGCUGCACCACAGGGCCCAUUAUGGCCUCCUCACAGAGCUGCACCGCAGGGCCCAUUACGGCCUCCUCGCAGAGCUGCACCACAGGGCUCAUUACGGCCUUCUCGCAGAGCUGCACCGCAGGGCCCAUUACGGCCUCCUCGCAGAGCUGCACCACAGGGCCCAUUAUGGCCUCCUCACAGAGCUGCACCGCAGGGCCCAUUACCGCCUCCUCGCAGAGCUGCACCACAGGGCUCAUUAUGGCCUUCUCGCAGAGCUGCACCACAGGGCAAAAUUCAUCAAUUAUAAAACUAAUUCUAUUCAGUUCAGUAUUGAUUCAAUUCAGUUGAAUAAUAGUGUCAAUGUUGCAAAAUUCAUCAAUUAUGAAAGAAAUUCAGUUCAUUUUCUGCUGUAAAUCAGUUCUACAGAAUUCAAUAGUGUCAUUAUUCAUCUCAAUUCAGUUCAAUGUUGAUUCGAUUCAGUUCAGUUAGUAUUAAUGUUGCAAAGUUAAUUAUGAAAUUUAGUUCAGUGUUAAUUCAGUUCAGUUCAAUAACCAUGUCGAUGCUUCAAAAUUCAUCCGUUAUGGAACUAAUUCAGUUCAGCGUUGAUUUGAUUGUUCAAUAAUAGUGUUGAUGCAAAAUUCAUCAUGAAAUUAAUUUGAUUCAGUUCAGUAAUUAUUAAUGUUGCAAAAUUAAUCAAUUAUGAAACUAAUUGAGUUCAGUAUUGAUUCGAUUCAGUUCAAUAAGUGUCAAUGUUGCAAAAUUCAUCAAUUAUGAAAGGAAUUCAGUUCCGUAUUGACACUUAUUGAACUGAAUUGAAUCAAUGUUGCAAAAUUCAUCAAUUAUGAAAGGAAUUCAAUUCAUUUUCUGCUGUAAAUCAGUUCAACAGAAUUCAAUAGUGUCAUUAUUCAGCUCAAUUUAGUUAAAUGUUGAUUUGAUUCAGUUCAAUAACCAUCUGAAACUAAUUCAAUUCAGAAUUAAUUCAGUGUCAGUUGCAAAAUUCAUCAAUUAUGAAGUGAAUUCAGUUCAGUAUUGAUUCGAUUCAGUUCAAUAAGUGUCAAUGUUGCAAAAUUCAUCAAUUAUGAAGAGAAAUUCAAUUCAUUUUCUGCUGAAAAUCAGUUCUACAGAAUUCAAGUGCCGUCAUUCAGCUCAAUUCAGUUCAAUAACCAAAAUUCAUCAAUUAUGAAAGAAAUUCAACUCGGUUCAGUAUUGCUUCAAUUCACUAAUAGUCAGUGUUGCAAAAUUAAUCAAUUAUGAAAGGAAUUCAAUUCAUUUUCUGUUGAAAAUCAGUUCUAAGAAUUUAAUAGUGUCAGUAUUCAGCUCAAUUUAGUUCAAUGUUGAUUCAAUUCAGUUCCAUAACCAUCUGCUUCCAAAUUCAUCAAUUAUGAAAAUAAUUCAAUUCAGUUGUCGAUUCGAUUCAGUUUAAUAAGUGUUAAUGAUGCAAAAUUCAUCAUUAAACGAAUGAUUCAGUUCAAUGUUAAUUAAAUUCAGUUUAAUAAGUGUCAGUGUUGCAAAAUUCAUUAAUUAUGAAGUGAAUUCAGUUCAGUAUUGAUUCGAUUCGGUUCAAUAACGGUAUCAAUGUUGCAAAAUUCAUCAAUUAUGAAAGGAAUUCAAUUCAUUUUCUGCUGAAAAUCAGUUCUACAGAAUUCAAUAGUGUCAUUAUUCAGCUCAAUUUAGUUCAAUGUUGAUUCAAUUCAGUUCAAUAACCAUCUGCUCCCAAAUUCAUCAAUUAUGAAAAUAAUUCAAUUCAGUUGUCGAUUCGAUUCAGUUUAAUAAGUGUUAAUGUUGCAAAAUUCAUCAAUUAUGAAAGAAAUUCAACUGCUGAAUUCAAACGAAAUUCAAAUGCUGUUUCUGCAGUAAAUCAGUUCUACAGAAUUCAGUGGUGUCAUUCAGCUCAAUUCAGUUCAAUAAUCGUGUUAAUGUUCCAAAAUUCAUCAAUUAUGAAAGAAAUUCAACUCAGUUCAGUAUUGCUUCAAUUCACUAAUAGUCAGUGUUGCAAAAUUCAUCAAUUAUGAAAGGAAUUCAAUUCAUUUUCUGCUGAAAAUCAGUUCUAAGAAUUCAAUAGUGUCAUUAUUCAGCUCAAUUUAGUUCAAUGUUGAUUCAAUUCAGUUCAAUAAUCAUCUGCUCCAAAAUUCAUCAAUUAUGAAACUAAUUCAAUUCAGUUGUUGAUUCGAUUCAGUUCAGUAAGUGUUAAUGAUGCAAAAUUCAUAAUUAAACGAAUGAUUCAGUUCAAUGUUAAUUAAAUUCAGUUUAAUAAGUGUCAAUGUUGCAAAAUUCAUCAAUUAUAAAGUGAAUUCAGUUCAGUAUUGAUUCGAUUCAGUUCAAUAACAGUGUCAAUGUUGCAAAAUUCAUCAACUAUGAAGAGAAAUUCAAUUCAUUUUCUGCUGAAAAUCAGUUCUACAGAAUUCAAGUGUCGUCAUUCAGCUCAAUUCAGUUCAAUAACCAUUUGCUUCAAAAUUCAUCAUGAAACAAAUCUGAUUCAGUUCAGUUUAAUAAGUGUUAAUGUUCCAAAUCAAUUAUUUAUGAAAAAUUCAACUCAGUUCAGUAUUGCUUCAAUUCACUUCACUAAUAGUCAGUGUUGCAAAAUUCAUCAAUUAUGAAAGGAAUUCAAUUCAUUUUCUGCUGAAAAUCAGUUCUACAGAAUUCAAUAGUGUCAUUAUUCAGCUCAAUUCAGUUCAAUAACCAUCUGCUCCAAAAUUCAUCAAUUAUGAAACUAAUUCAAUUCAGUUGUUGAUUCGAUUAGUUCAGUAAGUGUUGAUGAUGCAAAAUUCAUCAAACGAAUGAUUCAGUUCAAUGUUAAUUAAAUUCGGUUUAAUAAGUGUCAAUGUUGCGAAAUUCAUCAAUUAUGAAAGAAAUUCAACUGCUGAAUUCAAAAGAAAUUCAAAUGCUGUUUCUGCUGUAAAUCAAUUCUACAGAAUUCAGUGGUGUCAUUCAGCUCAAUUCAGUUCGAUAAUCGUGUUAAUGUUGCAAAAUUCAUGAAUUAUGAAAUGAAUUUGAUUCAGUUCGGUGUUGAUUCAAUUCAGUUGUAUAAUAGUGUUAAGGUUGCAAAAUUCAGUUUCUGCUGUAAAGCGGUUAUAUUCAGCUCAAUUUAGUUCAAUGUUGAAUCAGUUCAAUCAAUAUUCAACGGUGUCAGUGAUGCAAAUUUCCUCAAUAAUGAACAAACUCAAUUCAACAGAUCUGUUUUACAGCUAUAAAUCUGUCUGUGUCUGUAGUUGUAAACUGGCUCAGUCUAAUGGUUGGGGUGUGAUGGUGAGCCAUCGCUCCGGCGAGACCGAG